AUGGCGAUAGGUGGGCUUUACCAGCAAGGCUAUCUUUCCGUCGAGAUGGCGGGUCUCAACGACAAACUGCGGGGAAGACACUGUGACAUGACCUACAUCAUGUCGCUCCAGGCGCUGCGACGGGAUUUGGAACUUCAUGAGCAAAGACUGUCCGACGCGACGAUGGGCAAGUGUCUCCUCUUGGCUUUCCAGACCAGAAUGUUCGACGUCAACGAUGACCGCCCCGAUGGUCUGAUACACACGAGAGGAUUGUGCGCUCUCGUGAAAGCCCGAGACGCCAUGAAUGUAAAGACCGACCGAGCGCUCCAGCUGUUCAGAGCAUGUCGAAUCGUGGUCUUAUACGCGAGUCUGUAUCAUGGCGAGCCCGCUCCGUUCAGUAUGCCAUUGUGGUGCCACGGCAUGUGCCACCAACCCAGCUACAGUGCUAUCGAUAACCUCACCGACAUUUUGCACGCCACUUGUGACUUUGGCUGGAGAAUCCAGGCCAACCAGGAUGAGAGUUCCAUGGUGCAUACCAUGAACGGCAUCAAAGGCUGCAUCUCAAGUCUCGACCAGUGGUACAGAACGGUUCGACACCGGUGUGGCUGGGAAAUCAUCGAGCAAAACAUUGCCAACUCCCGAUGUCCAUUCUCAUCGUUUCUCACCUUCAACAACCCUUUAGCCGCGGAAGCGUACUCAAUCUUUUACACCAUCCUCCUAAUCUUCUCUCGGAUCAAGAAUUCAACUCCAGGCUGUUGGCCUCAUGAUAGCAAGCUGUCGGAGUGUCUCCCGCAUCUCGAUACUACUGCUCUGGCCAUCGAUAUAGGCCGUAUGACGCCCUACUUUAUUGCUGGUGGAGCUCUCGGAUACUAUGUGAUCGAGUAUCCUGUCAGGUUUGCCAUGCGGUGUUUUGUGACUGCGGACACAAGACAGAAUCGGCUAUGGCUCGAAGCCGUGAUGAACCGCGCAAAACUUUCCCCCCUCGACGAAAUCCAAUUCUGCAUGGAAACUCCACACCUCGGUCCAUAG